ACCGCGGUGCAACCGUGCUCCUUUUGGACUUCAUCAGGAUGGACCCAAGUGCUGAGGGAUAUUGAGGGCCAAGCCAUGAGCAAUCCCUGCUUUCCUCCUAUGCAGUUUCAUGAAGGUGCCCCGCCUGCAAAGCGAGCCCGAUUGGAAGCUGCAGAAGUGGGAGUCCAGUCUGUUCAGUCCAUGAAUUUCAUGGGAGCUAUGCCAGGCACGACAAACAUGCCAUGCAUGUCCAGCAUGCCGAGUAUGUCGAGUAUGCCGAGUAUGUCGAGUAUGCCGAGUAUGUCGAGUAUGCCGAGCAUGCCGAGCAUGCCAAGCAUGCCCUUGAUGAACAACAACGGUAUGACUCACGCUAUGACGCAGUUCAUGGCUCCUUUGCCACAUAACAUGUCGAUGAACACAUCGAUGUCAAUGAAUAGCUCAAUGAACAGCUCUGGAAUGAUGGGAAUGACUCCAGGUAUGGCCCCUGGUACCAUGCCUUGCAACAUGGCCAUGCUUCCGCCUCAAAGAGGACCGACACCCCCUGGACCACCUGGACCACCUGGACCACCUGGACCACCUGGACCACCUGGACCACCUGGACCACCUGGACCACCUGGACCUGGGCGGCCCAAAGUGGCCAAGCCCCGGGACAAUCGAAGCCCUUCUGAAAUCAAAGAAGAGUUGUUGAAGUUGGGUAUCGACACCAAAGGCGUUGUUGCCACCCGAGAUAUGCUGCUCAAGCUUCAUGAGACCGAAGCCUUUGUUCGGCGCGCAGAGGCCACUAAGAAGCUCUCGCGGUAUCCAGAAGAGAAAUUGCUUUCGUGCUUUACUGAAGGCUUAGCCCCAGGAUCGGAAGCGUUUCUCAAGAUGCUAGAGGCAGGAGCUGAUCCAAACACUGUGUCGACUGGCAGCGGCAGUGGCUUUGCCGUGGGCAUGACUCCGUUGCUUGCUGCGUCAUCCUGGGGAAAAGUUGAUGAAGUUCGUCUUCUAAUAGCGGCGGGAGCAGAUUUGCAUGUGAGGACACCCAACAUGCAGCAGACUGCAAUGCACCUGGUGGCAGGUGGAAACAUCGAAUCUUGGGGUGUUGACAAGACAAUGGGCCUGCUUCGCUUGCUGGUUCAGAAGGCGCCUGAACUAUUGUCAGAGAAAAAUGCACAGGGAAAAACGCCCUUGGAUUGUGCCAAAUACGAGAAGAAGCGCCAACAAGCUGCAUAUUUGUCAAGCCUGCCGCGUUGA